GCAGGCUGGGUGCUGGCUUGUCCUUGGCGAGCUGCGGGUCGGUUACUGAGGGAGAGGCCUCUCGUUGCACCAUGUUCACCGCUGCUGUCCGCUCUAUCGUCCGUCCUGACAGGCUGCACCUGCUCCGGCAGGGGUUACUCAUCAGGUGCUAUGCCGAAGCGGCGACGUCCUCAGCUCACAAGAUGUCUUUUACAUUCGCCUCUCCCACCGAGGUGUUUUAUAAUGAAGCCAACGUGAAACAAGUUGAUGUUCCAACACUGACUGGAAGUUUUGGUAUUCUUCCUGCCCACGUACCCACGUUACAAGUGUUAAAACCAGGAAUCGUAACAGUGUAUGAUGAAGAAGGUGCACAGACCAAGUAUUUUGUGAGCAGUGGUUCUGUGACAGUGAAUGCAGACUCAUCCGUUCAGCUCCUGGCUGAAGAAGCUGCAGCUCUGGAUGAAUUAGACGUAACAGCUGCAAAGGCUAACCUGGACAAAGCCAAUGCUGAACUAUCAUCUGCAUCUGGUGAGAUAGAACGGGCAGAGGCCUUGAUUAGCAUAGAAGCUAAUGAAGCAAUCAUAAAAGCGCUGGAGUAACUUGACAAGUGCAUCACUCAGAUACAGAACUGGAAGUACCAAAAAACCGACACCUGAAAACCAGGCUGGACAGACCGCCAACGCUGUAUCGAAGACAGACUGACGAUGUCACCUAGCAAGACGACAAAAUGUCUGCAGAAAAACAUGUCAGCAAAUAAAUCUACAACUUGCAUCACUUCUGUUUACUUUAACCAUUCCUGUGGUCGUAUUCUGUAUUCUCACCACUCUGGGUUAGUCUCUUUUGCAUUCUGCAUUCCACAUUCCUUCUGUAUCCACUGCAUCAGAAUCUGUCGAAAAUAUAUCGCGGUCACAUUUCAGCUGCGAUUGCUACCGAGAGGAAAGAAACCCAUCUUGUUCAGUCUUUACUCAUGUGCAUGACCACACUUUUCUGGUAUUAUAAUUGUAAAUUUUCUUUGCGCUCUCUCCAGUGCUUUUAGUCCUUUUUGUGAAGCUUUACAAGAUUACCCAGAAUCGCAUACAGUAUCUCAAUGUGGCCUACCCAAAGAUGAGGCACAUAUUCAGUGUUACACCUUUACAAUUCAAUUCCAUUCUUCUGGAAGUGCUCAAUUUGAUUUUUUUAUGACUUUGCUAUCCCAUGGUCCAAUUUCGUGAUGGCUGUACUUCUCCUCUGAGAUCCCUUUGUUCCUCUCGCCUACCUGGAUGUAUACCACCUAAAGUAUUUUACGAAAUGUGCAGUUUUUUCUAAUAUGCUGUUUAAUUACCAGAUUAUGCAAUUGUAUAAUUUCUUUUGUUGCCAUGUCAUCAAAUAAGUUGCAUUGACCUAA